CGGUAUUCGGAACUGAGGAACUGUUCGGGUUUCUGCAACCGAAAGAAUACUGAUGAAUUUGCAAUUAAAAUCUAACGGUUUAUGAAACUGAUUAAACAAUUUAAAUGCGAAUGGCACACAAAUCUUAUUAGACUUUAAAUUAGCCAUAAAUCAAAAUUUACUAUAAAAGCCUUGUUGGCUGUUUCAUUCUUCCCUCCAAACACAACAAAAUCUUCAACCACUUCAACUCUACGUCAACACCGUCCAAACAAACAACAAGGACAACGCAUCAUGCUCUUCUGUCUCCUUCAUCCAAUGGACCACAACACCGGACCUUUGGCAAGGAAGUCGUCAACGCUUUGUGCUCUGCUGCUGGUAUCCAUCGCCGCGCUCUUGCUGCUUGCAGUUCCUGGACAGGCCAUCGUUGAGGAAGUCGGAGUCGCCAACCAUAUCAAGAACGGAAGCGAUGUGACGCUCAAACCAGUCAGUAAGCCGGCCAGCGAUGACUUAACUUAUGCCGAGUACGUGAAGCUUUUUCCUACUGUCUGUAAUUUCUUCAUCAACGAGACAUACAUUGAGCUUCUAUACGAAAACAGAGGGUGCACUGUGGAAUUGAUCACCGAACAGAAAAAGGAAAAGAUCAAGCUCACGGCUGGAAUGUACUUGGGCAAAGCUGGUUGUAAACUGGAUGACUUUAAAGGUUUUGGUCCCAACUUUAAGCAUGGCUUUUCAAAUCUCUUGCCAUUCGCCUACAGCAGAACCAAUAAAGAAAUCAAAGAACUCAACAGAGGUCCGACCUACAAUGAUAAUGUCACGUGCGAAAAAAAAGAGUGCGGGGAGCAGUGCAUGAAUCAUACAUUUCUUGAAGUCUCAUGGAACAUGUAUGGUAAAGAAGUAGGCGCUCACACUCAUCUAAUUGGUGAACGUGAAACAGGCCUGGAUCAAAAAAACACUGGUGCUAAGAUGGAAUUCAAUCUGGAGAUAAAUGCUGAUAGCAGCUUCAGAAUGCUAUUUGAUCCAGAACAUAAAAUUGAUUUUGAUCCGGAAGAUAUUUCUUGCGCUCCAAAGGGAAAUGUCCUACCCAGACCAGAAACAUGGAAAAUCAAAGAUGGGGACCUGAAAGAUAAAUAUCUGCUCGUCUUCCAUCUACUUCCACAAACGGCUUCAAUAAAAUACGAAGGAAACAAGCACAAAGGAAAUCUUGGGGAUGAAGGACCAAAAUGUGAUCUCUUCAUUCGCUUUAACAGGACAGACGACGGCUUCCAGUUUCUCCAGGUCGACCCUCAAACAACGACUACAAGCACAACUACAACGACCAAACCAUCAACAAAAUCAUCGACCACAUCAACAGCUAUCGGAACAACUCCAACGCCACGACCGCAGCAAGGAACUACAACAAAUGUGGAAGUAAAGGACACCAAAAAGGGAAGCAGUGCUGGGAAAGUGAUAUUUGUUUUGGUUAUGUUGGUGAUUGUUUCCGCGAUGAUUGGGGUUUGCGUCUAUGCUGGGCUCGACUACCGCAAAAAACAACAAAAGGAAAAAGAAGAAGAAGCAGCGAAAGCAGCAGCAACUGAAGCAGCAAAAGCAGCGGAAACAGCAGCAGCUGGAGCGGCAAAAGCAGAGGACGAGAAAGAGAGAGCUGCCAAACAAUCGGAUGAUGAAGCUGCCGGAGGGAAAAAGACAGAGGACAGCAAGGCAAAGAACGAUCAGGCCCCGAAGGAGGAAACGACUUCGAAGGACUCGACUCUGAAGAAGGACCCGGCACCGGAGAAGGCGGACGCUACAAAGAGCAAACAGGCAGGUACGACGUCGGAUGUUCCAACGGAUAUGGUGUCGGAGGCUAAAGAGACGGAACAGUAA